AUGAAAAUCGGUCAAAACGCAAAUACAGCAGUGAUUCGUGCGAUCGCCCAUGAAAUCAAGAAUCCUCUUGGCGGGCUUCGCGGAGCUGCGCAACUGCUCGAUCGGGAGCUCAAUGACAAUUCGGAAAUGAGGGAUUACACUCAAAUCAUCGUUAAGGAAACUGAUCGUUUGUGCGGUCUGGUGGACGAUAUGUCCGGCCCGCAGAUUCCGCUUCUUCUAUCCAAGAUAAACAUCUACGAAGUGCUUGAGCAUGUCUGUAAACUCGCGCUCGCGGAAGGCGCGAACGGCCUGCAGAUCGUUCGCGAUUACGAUCCAAGCCUGCCCACGGUUCUCGGCGAUCAGAAACAGUUGAUUCAAGUCUUCAUCAAUAUUGCUCGAAACGCGAUGGAAGCGAUCGGUAAUUCAGGUACGAUCACAUUUCGUACACGGGUUCAACGUCAGGUUACCCUAAGGAAAGUCCGUUAUCAGAAUGCAGCAAGAAUAGAUAUCGAGGAUAACGGCCCCGGAAUUCCUGAAGACAUGCUUGAUCAGAUUUUCUACCCCAUGAUCUCGGGAAAACCACACGGCGAGGGACUCGGCCUUUCAAUCGUUCAUCAGAUUAUCCUCCGACACGGUGGAAUAGUAACUUGCGAAAGCACUCCAGGAAUUGGCAGAACGAACUACCGUAGAAUCAGGCACGGUAGCGGCAUGAAACUAGCUUCGGAACCGGUUUGGAUCAUCGAUGAUGAUCAGUCCAUUCGCUGGGUUCUCGCCCAAGCGUUGAAAAAGAGUGGCAUUGACUCAAGAACAUUCUGUAGUGCCGAUGCCGCACUGGAUUCAUUUGGCGAAGAGCGCCCGAAAGUCAUCGUCACCGACAUUCGAAUGCAAGGCAUGGAUGGAUUGUUGUUUCUUGACGAAGUUCAAAAAAACAUACCGGGUCUGCCUGUCAUUGUAAUGACCGCGUAUUCCGACCUGGACACCACCGUCGAAUCGUUUCAGAGGGGUGCACGGGAACACUUGCCAAAACCUUUCGAUAUUGAUGUCGCUGUCACAUUGAUUCAACGGGUGAUAGAUGAACAGCAAGGCAAUUUUGAUGAAGCCUCAGCCAAAAAAAUCGAAUCCACCACCAUGAUUGGGGAAUCUGCUCCAAUGCAAGAGGUGUUUCGAGCCAUCGGUAGACUUUCAAAUUCAGAGUUCAACGUACUCAUUACUGGCGAAUCUGGAACCGGAAAGGAGCUUGUCGCUCGUGCCUUGUUCGAAAAUAGCGUCAGAAAAAACCAGCCUUUCGUAGCAAUCAAUGCCGCAGCCAUUCCAGUAGAUUUACUCGAAUCAGAACUGUUCGGCCAUGAAAAAGGCGCCUUCACCGGGGCCAAUCAACGACGUAUUGGAAGAUUUGAGCAGGCCGAUCGCGGUACGCUUUUUCUUGAUGAAAUUGGUGACAUGCCGCACGACCUGCAAAGCAGGCUGCUCAGGGUGAUGUCUGAAGGAAAAUUUUACAGAGUCGGCGGUGUAAAUCAGAUUUCGGUUGACGUGCGCAUCAUCGCCGCAACCAACCAGCCGCUGGAAGAACUGGUGGAAAAGCACGUCUUUCGCAGCGAUCUGUAUCACCGACUGAACGUCGUUCGGAUUGCGCUGGCACCUGUCCGCGAGCGCGGCAAUGAUAUUGAAAAGCUGAUCCACUUUUUUCUAAUGCAAGCCGCGAAUCAGUUGAACGUCGAAGUGAAGAGUGUUACUCAAAAUACCAUGGAGUGUCUGACAGCAUUUUCAUGGCCUGGAAACAUUCGGGAAAUUGAAAAUUUCUGCCGUUCGGUCACGAUCAUGAGCCCCUCCAAAAUUUUAACUCCCCGCGACCUGCCACCGGAAAUCGAACAGUGUCGAUACAGUGCUCAAAAUCAAGGCGCGAAUGCGGAGUGGGAACGCUCGCUUCGUCUGGCGAUUGAACUUCUACUGGAGAGCGAUCUCAAAAAGGGGGAAGGCGAAGUCCGACAGGAAAUUGAACGAAUCAUGCUUGAUACAGUUCUUAAAUUUAGCGAUGGUUCCAGGGGGGAAGCUGCCCGCAUACUGGGCUGGGGAAGAAAUACAAUUACUCGCAAGAUCAAAGAACUAUAA